AUGGCAUCCGAUGAAUCAAUGUCAGCGUUAUUACCAAUGGUAUCGUUAAUGCUUUUGCUAGUAUUUGCGGGUGGAUUAUGGUUCUUACGUACUCGGAAACAAUUACGUAGUGCAUCACAGUCUUUCUUAGCCAGGAUGUUAUUGCAAGAGCAGGAAACAAUCACGAGACUUGAUGUAGAACGUGGUGAAGCGCAAGCAGAGCGCUGGAAAUGCUCCAUCUGUGAGUUUAGCAAUGCCAUGGAUCGACGUAUGUGUCUCUUAUGUGGUACAAAGAACUCGAAACCUCCUCGACAAGCUUCUGAUAGAGAAGAGUUACCACGAUUGAAACAAUCACUUGUAGGAAGAGAAGAGCGAUUGAGCUCUGCUAGUUCAGUAACGAUGUUAUCGAGGCCUUCGUUUUCAAUGCAAAGGUCUUCUGUGCUUAGUGGGAGCACAAGACCGUCAUUAAGACCAUUGAGACUCUCGACAUUGAAUACGAGACAAAAGUAUGCACGACGACGAAAAGAAUGGGUGCGUUGUAUUGGUGAAGAUGGAGAAUCGGCCUUUUGGACAAGAGCAGACGUUGCAGCAGCUACUAGGAAACUUACGGUCUCAAACGGUACUACUGCAAAUUUGGGAGGCCAUGGACGAGUAUCAGUGGGCUUUAUAACGCACAUGGUACGUCGGUCGUCUAUGAUGGGAGACAUGGGACGUCUUACGUUUGCAGAAGCCUCGCAAUUAGAUGCAGCAGAGACAAUUAGCGGAUACAAACUCACUGCACGCGAGCUAGAGCUGCUGGACGGAGUGUCGAGACUGCCGUUUCCAAAAAAGUAUACGUGGUUUUUGGAGCGCAUGGGAGCGCUGCUAAGACCGUGGGAAGAAGGACGAAUUAAGCUUCGGGUACAGAGAGAACAUAUUCUUGUGGAGAGUAUGGAGCAGUUACUGGGUAUUCAACCCGAACAUAUUCAUUUUCCACUUCGAAUUGAGUUUAUUGGUGAAGCAGGUAUUGACGCUGGAGGUUUGCAGCGAGAGUGGUUUUCGAUUUUGUUUGGGAGAUUGCUGGACGAUGAGCUCGGACUCUUUAUGACGUGUCAUCGACAUACACAGGCCGUGGCCAUUAACCCACACUCAGAAGACUGUACGGCGGAUCACUUGCUGUACUUCCGAGGUAUUGGACGGCUACUUGGCCGAUCAUUAUUGGAAGGACAGACUAUGCAGGCAAGACUGUGUUUGCCUAUUCUUAAGCAUUUUGUCGGCACGCCGAUUACGUUUUCAGACCUGCAGUACGUGGACCCAGAAGUGUACACAAGCAUGAUAUGGAUACGUGAUAAUGACGGUGUGGAUGCUUUGGAGCUGACAUUCAGUGUCACCGAGCUACGAGCCGAUGAUGAAGUCGUAACUGUGGAUUUAGUUCCGGAUGGACGGAAUAAGGCUGUGACGGAUGGAAACAAGAUGGAGUUUCUGCACCUCAAGCUACGUUACCUCAUGCUAGACCGGUAUGCACCGCAGCUACAAGCGCUAUCUCUUGGCUUGUUUGAGAUUAUACCGCAGGAGGCUCUACUAGUGUUUGAUUAUCAAGAGCUAGAGCUUGUACUCUGUGGCCUACCCGAAAUUGAUAUGGCUGACUGGAAACGCAAUACUGUCGUCGCUCCUAGCUUUAGUGAUGCUCCCAUGGUCGUUGGUUGGUUCUGGGAAGUUCUCGAGGGCUUCACCGAAGACGAGCGUGCCCGUUUUCUGCAGUUUUCAACGGGCUCGUCACGCGUGCCAGUGCAGGGCUUCAAGGGCCUUACGAGCUACGACGGCCGCAUCUGCCCCUUUUCGUUGCGGCCAUUGGUAGGCCAAACACGUGGCUUUCCGAAGGUGCACACGUGCUUUAACCGCGUUGAGCUGCCGUUAUAUGGUGCUAAGGCUGAAAUGAAAACUGCUCUGUACGCUGUACUCGAUAUGGAGUGGACAGAGUUUAGCGAAGAAUGA